UUCAUCACCUGAAGAUCGAUCCAAGAAAGGUUCGGAAACGAACGAAAGGCUGGUGAAGAAUUUUGUUGGUGCGAAGGGAGGAUCCCACACGUUCCUUCCUUCGCAUUCAUCAGAGUCAUCAUCCUCAUCUUCACAAUCACCAAUCUUUUCUGUAUGCACAAUCACUCAACCCAAGGUGUCACAUAUCAUCGGAAUAAGCUUUAUUUGAUGCCAUAACUGUUGAAGCAGGCUUAUUUCAUCCCUAGUUCGUUGCUAAUCAAGCGUUGGCAAGGAGGCCCACCAUUGGGUUAUGGUGGGCUUUUGCUGAAGCCAAUGAAAUUUAUUACUCUCCAUCCUUAGAAGGUGUUUUGAACUCCAUAAAUUGCUCAGACCUUUUUUCAUUAGUUUGGGUCCCUCUCUCCCUCCUCUAUUUGCUGCUAUACUGACCAUUUCUCUCCAUUAUAAAUUCAUAAUAUACAAAACUCAAGUGUGACCCAACUUAAAGAUUUAAGAUUUUCGCCCUUUUCCUAAUAAUAAUGCUUCUCUACUUCAUUACUUGUCUCUCUUUCUUCCUUUUUUUAAAGUCUCUUCAUCCUCUCAAGUCUCUUCCACCAUGGGCGAGUGAGAUCAGGCUGAUUUCCCUUUUGUUUUACAAAGACCUGUCUUUAAUCUCAUUCUAUAGGUUGAUCAGCCAAAUUCCUUCAAGGAUGUGCCUAGUUAACAAGACCCUUGCUACAACGAAAGCAGAGAUUAGCGUUUUUGAGGAGGACACACAUGACUUGUCAGUGUUGGACUUGCCAGACCUGGUCUUGGAAUGCAUUCUUGAAAGGCUGUCUCCGCCGGCGCUUUGUAAAAUGGCUGGUGUUUGCCGUUCCUUGAGGGAGAGAUGUGUGAGUGAUUAUUUCUGGGAAAGGCACAUGAAACAGAAAUGGAGUAGAGUUAUUGGUCCAGCUGCUUACAGGCAGUGGCAAUGUCAUAUUGCUUCAAAACACGAUGAUGUUGUGGCUCUUAGAAAAGCCAAAGAAAGGGGGUUAUUGAGGUUUCUUCCCUUUAGUCUGUGGCCUUUUUCAUGGAUUAGAUUAUUGAAGGUUGCUUCAAACAAUAGCAGCAACAAACAGCAGAGUCCUGUGCCAACUCAUUCAGUCAUGACAUGGUAUCUUGCUCUUGAAUCUGGCAGUUUUUGGUUCCCUGCUCAGGUCUAUAACCGGGAGAAUGGUCAUGUUGGAUUCAUGUUAUCCUGCUAUGAUGCUGAGCUUAGUUAUGAUCCACGCACUGACACCUUCCAAGCCAGGUAUCCACCUCAUGGAAGUAAGCCAGUUGCAAUAGAGAAUGGCAUUCCAUGGGAAAGAUUGCGAGCCUCACCUGUUGAUACUCCUCCACGUGAUCUUCAUAUCUCUAAUUGUUUGAAUGAUUUGUGUCCGGGUGAUCACAUAGAGAUUCAGUGGAGAAGAAACAAAGAAUUUCCUUAUGGUUGGUGGUAUGGUGUUGUUGGUCACCUGGAGUCAUGUGAUGGGAAUCAAACUUACUGCCGAUGUCAUAACAGUGACACAAUAGUCUUGGAGUUCAACCAGUAUUGUGCUGGCUCACGAUGGAGACGGGCAACUGUCAGUAGGAAGGAUCAUAGGGAAGAGGGAAAUGAGGCUGAUGGUUUCUAUGGCGGAAUCCGGAAGAUUGACAAUGAGCAUGAGAUUUCCAUGUGGAAACAACUUUGGCCGUCUGAAAUCUUGGACUGAUAGGAGGAAUCACAUCAUAUCAGAACUAGGCAUGAUGAUUUCAAGAAAGAUGCUUAUUUAUUUUUUUGGGAGACUGAAGCUCUGACAAAAGGAGGUAUAUAGAGUUUGAAGUUGGCUUUCUGUGAGGCCAAAAGUGUUGGUUGUCAAGUUGUCUGGGAGAACAGUUACACGUAGAUCAUUUCUGUGAAUCAGCAACUUGAGAGCAAACAUUUGAAAGUUGGAUUUGAGUUUCUCCCUUUUCUCCUCCUCCUCCUUCACUCCUUUUUCAUCAUGAGAAUAUUUAGGCAUAUUCGUGUGGUUUCCACAAUGUAAAUUAGUAAACUACUUCUCAUUUAUGGACCCAUGUUGUAGAACAUUCAUUCCACGAUAAAUAGAAUGGUUCUAUAGUUCUGGCAUUGAUAAAAUAUUUGGUAUUCGA